AUGGACAUCAACGAACCCAUCGAACUCCUUCACGAUGUCCAGAAGGAACUCUGGGCUGAGCGAGUUAACCGAGCUCGCGUCACAGGCAUUGUGACUAGCUGGAUAUCAUCCUUACACCCCAAAAAGCUGGAAUGUAGCCUCGACGGCAACUUCCUCAACGGCUCCUACAAUCUGUGCCAAAAACUGCGCUUUCGCGACGGCACCAUCUGGCUUCUCCGCAUGCCCAUUGUUGGCAGCGUCUGCGACGAGCAGGCCGUCGCCCCGCAGCUCGUCGAACCCAGCUAUGCAUUCGGGCCUUACAAACUUAUUUGUGACGAUCUUGGCCUGGCCAACUUGAUCGUCCGGAGCGCAGAAGACCUCACUGUGGUGGGGUUGGUGGACCUCGAAUACCGACUGAACAACUAUGAUACUUUCCUCGACGAGGAAGAAAUUCCCAAGAUUUUACAGAGGUAUCUGCGGAACCUGGACAUGUUUAAGACCGUGCUCGAGGAAGAGGAGGCGCGGAUUCCAGGGCAGCCGGGUAUGGAGGUGUCUCGCCUGGUGAGGCACUCCGAGGAGUCAGGGAGCAUGUGGCUACACAGGCUACUGUCAUGGGGGUUCAACCACCCAGACAGCCUACCCUUUGCGCAACUUCGGGCGCGCCUCGGGCCGGAGCGGUGGAAGGAGCUGGAGGAGGGCCACCAUGGCAACGAGGCAAAGCAGUUUACAGAACGGAAGCUGGCCGAACUGGACAAGUACGACGAGAUGGUAGAGAAGAUAGAAUGUUUGAGAGAAGAUGUCGAGAACGGGAAGAUUACGAGGGAGGCAUUUGUUGCACUACUUACCAAUGAGGGCGUUCAACGGCGAUUGAAAAAGCCUAGUCGAUUGACUGACUGA